AUGUCGAUCUGUAAAACUUUCAGUGAUCGUGAUGGUCCUCUGAUAUCUCUGGAAUUUUUCCCCCCAAAGACUGAAUCAGGUAAGAGGAACUUACUGGAGCGUAUGGAGAGAAUGUCAGCACUGGAUCCUUUGUUCAUAACUGUGACAUGGGGUGCCGGCGGUAGCACUUCUGAGAAGACACUGGAGUUGGCACAGAUUGCACAGCGUGAUCUAAAUGUGCCUAUCUGUAUGCAUUUGACCUGUACAAACAUGGAUACCACUCUCAUCAAGGAAGCUCUGGACGCAUGUAGAUCAUAUGGUAUUAAGAAUAUUUUGGCUCUUCGUGGUGAUGCUCCUAUCGAGGACCAAUGGGAUGAUAAGACUAUUAAUAGUUCUGAAGGACCUGAAUUUAGAUAUGCUGUUGAUCUGGUAAGAUAUAUAAAGGAAAACUACGGUGAUGAGUUCUGUAUCGGUGUCGCAGCAUAUCCCGAAGGACAUUGUGAAGGCGAGGCUGAGGGUAAUGAACAAGAUCCUCUGAAGGACCUGGUUUUUUUGAAAGAGAAGAUUGAUGCAGGAGCGCAAUUUGUCAUAACUCAGCUAUUUUAUGAUGUAUCAAAAUUUUUGGAUUUCGAAAAAAUGUUCAGAGAGCAAAUAUCUGAAACUAUUCCAGUCUUUCCCGGUUUAAUGCCCAUUAACUCUUUCAGUUUAUUCCAUAGAGCGGCAAGACUGUCUCAUGCAUCCAUUCCGAAGGCCGUGUUGGAUAGAUUCCCACAGGAGAUCCAAAACGAUGAUGGUAUUGUCAAAUCAAUUGGUGUGGAUGUUUUAAUCGAUAUAAUUGAAGAGAUAUACUCGAAAACUAAUGGUAGAGUGAAGUGUUUCCACUUUUAUACUUUAAAUUUGGAGAAGGCGGUAGCUCAAAUUGUUUCCCAAUCUUCUACUCUAUCAAAAAUAUUAGAAGAGAGUGAUAAUGAAGAAGAUCAAGUAGUAUCACAGGAUGAAGAUGGUGAUAUUGUAUUAGUUGAUCAACAUGAAGAGAAUCCAUUAAAGUUUAAGAGGCGUAGGCAGUCAAGCUCUGUCUCUGCUGAUGUAAUCUUCAAUAGGGCAAUAAUAAACCGUGGAAAAACGGAUAGAAACGAAUCAUCAGAAUUAGCAUCAAAGAAACUAGUUGUUUCUAUUUCUAGAGGCUCAGGUGUUCUAGGUAGAGAUGCUACUUGGGAUGAAUUUCCUAAUGGUAGAUUUGGUGACUCUAGAUCACCAGCAUAUGGUGAGAUUGAUGGUUACGGACCUUCCUUGAAAGUCAGCAAUAAAAGAGCUUAUGAAUUGUGGGGAUCACCAACUUCUAUUAGAGAUUUAAAGGCUGUUUUUGUGAAGUAUUUAGAAGGCUCAAUACAGUCGUUGCCAUGGUGCGACUUAGGCCUGUCACCUGAAACUGCAUUAAUUCAGGAAGAACUAAUUCAACUUAAUUACAGAGGAUAUUUAACUCUGGCAUCACAGCCAUGCACUAAUGCGUCUUCAAGUACCGAUAAAAUAUUUGGAUGGGGUCCUAGCAAAGGCCAUGUUUAUCAAAAAGCAUUUAUUGAAAUGUUUGUGCACCGACAACAAUGGAAAACAAUACUUAAGCCUAAACUCGAUUAUUAUGGCCGCCGUAAGUUUAGUUACUAUGCGGGAGAUUCAAAAGGUUCUUUUGAAACCAAUUUGGACCCUCAUAGCUCUAAUGUUGUUACGUGGGGUGUGUUCCCAAACAGUCAAGUUAUUCAAACUACAAUAAUUGAAGAAGAAUCUUUUAAAGCCUGGAGAGAUGAGGCCUUUAGUAUUUGGUCUGAAUGGGCCAAGUUAUUUCCUAGGAACACACCAUCCAACACUUUAUUAAGAGAAGUACAUUCCGACUACUAUUUGGUUUCAAUUGUACACCAUGAUUUUAUCGAAACUGAUGAACUAUGGGAUCUAUUGUUAGACUGA